GCCAAGAAGUACGCCAUGGAGCAGAGCAUCAAGAUGGUGCUGAUGAAGCAGACGCUGGCGCACCAGCAGCAGCAGAUGGCCUCGCAGCGCACGCAGGUGCAGCGCCAGCAGGCGCUCGCGCUCAUGUGCAGAGUCUACGUAGGAUCAAUCUCUUUUGAGCUGAAGGAAGAUACCAUAAGACAAGCGUUCCUUCCGUUCGGACCUAUCAAAUCUAUCAACAUGUCAUGGGACCCUGUGACGCAAAAGCACAAAGGAUUCGCCUUUGUUGAAUAUGAAAUACCAGAAGCUGCACAACUGAGUCUCGAACAGAUGAAUGGUGUGAUGUUGGGUGGAAGAAACAUUAAGGUUGUGGGGCGGCCGUCCAACAUGCCACAGGCACAGGCUGUUAUUGAUGAGAUCCAAGAGGAAGCUAAGCAGUACAACCGCAUCUACGUUGCAUCCAUUCAUCCCGAACUCACCGAAGACGAUAUUAAAAAUGUUUUCGAGGCAUUUGGACCAAUCACAUACUGCAAAUUGGCGUACGGAGCGUCAGCGCACAAACACAAAGGGUACGGGUUCAUAGAGUACGCGACGCUGCCUGCCGCGCUGGAGGCCAUCGCCUCCAUGAACCUCUUCGACCUCGGAGGCCAGUACCUGCGCGUGGGGCGCGCCAUCACGCCGCCCAACGCGCUGGCGGGCCCGCCGCAGGCCUCCGCCAUGCCCACCGCCGCCGCCGUGGCCGCCGCCGCCGCCACGGCCAAGAUCCAGGCCAUGGACGCCGUCGCCAGUAACGCGGUCGCGCUGGGGCUCACGAAACUCAACGCCCUCGGCGUGUCGCCCGCCGCCGCACUGCCCACGCUGGCGGCCGCGCUGCCGGUCGCGCUCCCGGCCGCGCUUCCUGCCGCGCUGCCGGCGGGCCUGCCCGGCGCUCUGCCGGUGACGUUACCCGGCGCUCUGCCGGUGACGCUGCCCGGAGCUCUGCCGGUGACGCUGCCCGGAGCUCUGCCGGCGACGUUACCCGGAGUUCUACCGGCGACGCUACCCGGCGCGUUACCCGCGACACUGCCCGGUGCCUUGCCUGGCGCCAUACCGGCGGCGAUCCCGGCAGGCGGCGGGCAGCAGGCGGCGCUGCAGCGCAAGCUGCUGGACAGCUCGCCCGACACGCUGCAGCAGCAGGAGUCGCUGUCCAUCUCCGGCCAGUCGGCGCGCCACCUGGUCAUGCAGCGGCUCAUGCGGCGCCGCGCCUCGCGCACCGUGCUGCUGUGCAACAUGGUGUCCGCCGAGGAGGUCGACGAGGCGCUGCACCACGAGAUACAGGAGGAGUGCUCGAAGUGGGGCCGCGUGGAGCGGCUCGUGAUCUACAACGAGCGGCAGAGCGAGGACGACGACCCCGCGCACGCCAACGUCAAGAUCUUCGUGCAGUUCGCCGAGCCCGACGAGGCGGGUGCGGCGGCGGGCGCGCUGGACGGGCGCUACUUCGGCGGUCGCACCGUGCGCGCCGCGCUGUACGACCAGGACCUGUUCGACCACGGCGACCUCUCCGGCUAGCGCUCGCGCCGCCACGUGGCAAGCGCCGCGCUGUACGACCAGGACCUGUUCGACCACGGCGACCUCUCCGGCUAGCGCUCGCGCCGCCACGUGGCAAGCGCCGCGCUGUACGACCAGGACCUGUUCGACCACGGCGACCUCUCCGGCUAGCGCUCGCGCCGCCACGUGGCAAGCGCCGCGCUGUACGACCAGGACCUGUUCGACCACGGCGACCUCUCACGCCUCUUAAUAUAAUUAUGAUACUGAUACUCCCUAAAAA